GUUUUAAUUUUAAUUAUAUUUUGUAGACCAUAUUGGUGAUGCUAUUCACUCACCCCGGAGUGUGUUCAGUGGAGGAACAUUAACAUCCAUAUCAAUAGGCAAAUUAGCGUUUAUCAGAACAACAACAACAACAACAACAACAACAAUGACAUUAGCUGCAACAAUGCGUGUCGUGGUUUUGUUUACAAAAAUCGUCUUCAAAAGAGAGCGCCGGCUGGCCCCCACGGUCACUGCUGGUUGGAGCUCUCUCUCUCUCUCUCUCAUUCUCUCUCUGGCUGAGAGAGAGAAAAGUGGGGAGCAGGUGAUGAGUCGGCGAAGGGGAGGUGGAGGCGGAGGGGGAGGUGGAGAACGAACGAAGCCCAUGAAGAAAUCAUAGGCGCGCAUUCGCACGGCGAGUUUCAGUGCUAAUUUUAACGGCGCCGCGUUGACUGUUUUCUCGCCUUAUUGCGGUUAUUUUCCUUAUUUUCCACUUGCUUCCCGAGCACUGAGUACUGAGUUCAAUUUAAAUUAGUUAACACUGUGCCUUUGUAUGUGAUAACAACAAACCAACAACAAACAAGCAAACAAACAAACAUAAAGAGAGUGACAUUGCUCAGGGACUGAGAUUUAAACCUCCAAGAAUAAACAAACAAAAAAUUAAAAUCAAAAAAAAAAAUAUUAUUUAAAAAUAAACCUAUGCAUGGGGAAAAUAAAUUAUGAUAUAUCCAAAGACGAUCAAUUAAAAUAGAAUUUGUGGGUGAACUUUAUCAGCGGAUAUAUAGUCGAAGAAUUCCUGUUUUUAUAUUUUUUUGUGGGAGAAGCAGAAGCCCAUUGAUUUCCCACCCCUCCCCGUCGCACCGAAUCCCCACGCCAUGGGACGCUGGGGCCGGCAGAGUCCGGUGCUGGAGCCGCCGGAUCCGCAAUUGCAGGGAACACCACCCGCCCUACCGCCGCGCACCUUCAUGCGACAGUCCAGCAUUACCAAAAUUGGCAACAUGCUCAAUACGGCCAUCAACAUCAAUGGAGCCAAGAAGCCACAAAGUAAUGGAGAGGCGUCCUGGUGCUUCUCACAGAUUAAAGGCGCCCUAGACGAUGAUGUCACGGAUGCGGACAUCAUAUCCUGCGUGGAAUUCAAUCACGAUGGCGAACUACUGGCCACCGGCGACAAGGGCGGUCGCGUCGUCAUCUUCCAGCGUGAUCCUGCCUCGAAAGCCGCUAAUCCGAGACGCGGCGAAUACAAUGUCUAUUCGACAUUCCAAUCGCACGAGCCCGAAUUCGAUUACCUCAAGUCGUUGGAGAUCGAGGAGAAAAUCAACAAGAUCCGAUGGCUUCAACAAAAAAAUCCCGUGCACUUUCUGCUCUCGACCAACGACAAGACGGUCAAGUUGUGGAAGGUGAGUGAGCGCGACAAGUCGUUCGAGGGCUACAACACGAAGGAGGAAAACGGACUGAUCAGGGAUCCACAGAAUGUGACCGCUUUACGAGUGCCAUCUGUUAAGCAGAUACCGCUGCUAGUGGAGGCAUCACCGCGUCGCACCUUCGCCAAUGCACACACCUAUCACAUUAAUUCAAUUAGCGUCAACUCCGAUCAGGAGACCUUCUUGUCGGCCGACGAUCUCCGCAUCAAUCUCUGGCAUCUGGAGGUGGUCAAUCAGAGUUAUAAUAUCGUCGAUAUUAAACCGACGAACAUGGAGGAGCUGACGGAGGUGAUCACAGCGGCCGAAUUCCAUCCGACCGAGUGCAAUGUGUUCGUCUAUUCGAGCUCCAAGGGCACAAUACGAUUAUGUGAUAUGCGAUCGGCGGCGCUAUGCGACCGGCACAGCAAACAGUUCGAAGAGCCCGAGAAUCCAACGAAUCGCAGUUUCUUCAGCGAGAUAAUUAGCUCCAUAAGCGAUGUGAAGCUGAGUAACUCCGGUCGCUACAUGAUCUCCAGGGAUUACUUGAGCAUCAAGGUGUGGGAUCUGCACAUGGAAACCAAGCCCAUUGAGACCUAUCCUGUUCAUGAAUACCUGCGCGCUAAGCUGUGCUCGCUGUAUGAGAACGACUGCAUUUUCGACAAGUUUGAGUGCUGUUGGAACGGCAAGGAUAGCUCGAUAAUGACCGGUAGCUAUAAUAACUUUUUCCGAGUAUUUGAUCGAAACUCGAAAAAGGAUGUAACGCUGGAAGCGUCCAGGGAUAUCAUUAAGCCGAAGACGGUGCUGAAGCCACGAAAAGUUUGCACUGGCGGCAAACGGAAGAAGGACGAGAUCAGCGUGGACUGUCUCGACUUUAAUAAGAAGAUCCUGCACACCGCCUGGCAUCCCGAAGAGAACAUCAUUGCUGUGGCUGCGACCAACAACCUAUUCAUAUUUCAGGAUAAAUUUUAGCCAACACUCUCCAACAACAACAACAACAUAUACAACACAAAACAACCAAUUAAUUUAACAACAAGAAAAACACCACAACAAAACUCACACUUCAUUAUAAUGUUAAAUCGAUUGGUUUGUUUUUGAAAUCAGAAGCGUUUUCCGAUUACCUCAGUGCCGCCCUCCCCCCUCCCUCCAUUUAUUCACAUGCCCCCCCCACCCCUGUCCAGCGUUGUCCGGCUUUCCACCAAAAACCACACUACAUCAUACAUAAAAUGCCAUAGCAAAAGCUUUGUAAUGUAUUUUUGCGCAGUGCUGAAAAAAAACCUAAAAAAAAACUGAAAAAAAACAUACACGAGAAAUGAGAGAAGGAUACAAAUUUUUUAUACAUAACCUUUAUAUAAAUAGUAAAGCGUAAAGUUGAUUUUCUUGUAGCGCAAUUCGAAAACCACAAUAAGAGAGUUGAAAUAUUAUUGAUUUCUUCAAACAUUUUUUGUAUCAUUUGCGCCAGCGCCCAAGUAUUUUGUAAUAAAAGAUAAUAAUAUACCAAUUAAAUACAAA